AUGCCCGAUGGCUCUUUGGACACGUACAAUGGGGAGCAACCAGCUAAGGAGUGGUUCCAUCUCAAGGAGAGGCAAAAGUCGUUGCAUAUGAAUGCUGUUGGUAUGAUUGAUGAGGGCGCCUUUCUGGACCGUUGGUGCUCCAUUGUCCUCUCGCCCACGCAGGGUUGGUCUGUUGACGACAGGCCAGCCUGUAAGCGUGUUGUUGAGACACUGGAGGAAUUCGCUAAAAA